ACAUCGCUCCGCAGUGUCCCGGCGCUGCGCUCGGCGCUCAGCUGCUCGGGUCUGCGGGAGCGGCGUGAGAGCGAUGCUCGGGGCCGCCGCCGCCUGAGGGCCGGGUCCGCUCGGGUCCCGGCGGAGCGGUGGCGGGGCGGCCGCCAUGGGGCUGGGAUCCAGUUCCGAGGGUCCCGGCGGCGGCGCCGAGGGCUUCCACGUGCACGGGGUUCAAGAGAAUUCCCCAGCCCAACAAGGAGGACUGGAACCUUUCUUUGAUUUCAUCAUUGCCAUAGGACACACGAGGCUUAACAAAGAAAACAAUAUGUUGAAAGACCUGCUGAAGGCAAAUGCUGAGAAAGCAGUGAAGUUGGAGGUGUAUAACAUCAAAACAAUGAAAAUCCGAGAGGUGGAGGUGAUCCCCAGUAACAUGUGGGGAGGACAAGGCCUCCUUGGAGCCAGCGUGAGGUUCUGCAGCUUCCAGGGAGCCAAUGAACACGUCUGGCACGUUCUGGAUGUUGAGCCUUCGUCUCCUGCGGCUCUGGCUGGUCUCCAGCCAUACACUGACUACGUUGUUGGAUCUGAUCAGAUUCUCCAGGAGUCAGAGGAUUUCUUUUCCCUGAUUGAAUCCCAUGAGGGGAAGCCACUGAAGCUGAUGGUUUAUAACACUGAAGCAGAUUCCAUCCGAGAGGUAGUUGUGACUCCCAAUGGAGCUUGGGGUGGAGAAGGAAGUUUAGGAUGUGGUAUUGGAUAUGGCUAUUUGCACAGAAUUCCAACACAGUCUGUGACAUCAAAGAAAAAGCCAGAAAGCAAACCACCUUCACCCUCACCAGAAGCUGGAACUCCUGUGCCAUCCACUAAUGGUUACACAGAGACUCCAUUGUUGGCACCUACCUCUCAGAAUGACAUCUCUGAAGCAGUUAUGAACUUGGAUCAUUCCACAGAGCAAGAAAUGAGUGGUUACUCACCAGAAAGUUCCCUUUCUCCUCCUCCCCCUCUCCAGAGAGUUAUGGAUCCAGGCUUUCUAGAUAUGUCUGGAAUUUCAGUUUCUGAGUUCACAAGCUUAACAGACAGGUCCAGCAUGUCCCCAUCUGCCUCCUUCAAUGUGCCAGCAGCAGGGACUUCUGUAGGCCCUGAAACACUAAUGCCAAAUAGUGAAGCCUCUGCUUAUUUUGAAAAUGCCUCAACUUUGGACCCUGAAGGUUUAACCCUGUAUCCUGAAGGAUCAGGCAAGCAGCCCACACUGGAUGAGCUCCUGCCUUCAAUUCCUUCUUUACCUUCUCUUGAUCUUCCUCAUGACAUUUCUUCAAAAACAACACUAGGAACUGAUGCUGAUAACCAGGAAUCCAAGCUGCUUGUGAACAGCACUGAGAGCUCAUUAACCACUGCUCCAGAGACACCAGAGCACGAAGCAGCAAGUGAGCAGAAAGGAGAAGCAGCUGCACAAGAUCCUGAGUGAGUGGACCUUGCUGCUGUUUACAGACUGCUGAAUGCUGCAGUGCUACAGCUUGGAAUAUUUUUCUUAUCUUGAAAGAAUUACAGUUGCUAUAUUUUGUUAGUGUAGACAAUACUAGAAAAGAAAUCACAUGAAGUACAUAUCCUGUUGUCUUUUCCAAUCACUGUUUAAUGGAUUGAUCUAUGUUCAAAAUUUGAAUGUUGUCCAAAAUGACCCAAUCAAUAGAGAAAUUAAUGCAGAAACAAGUUGGACACUGGCAGAAUGUCAAGUUCUGGAAUUCACGUUUGCCUACAAGUGCUCCUGGAUACUUACAAAGGUAUUGUGCCUGAACAGUGACACUUAGUGAUGAUUUUAUCCUGAUGUUUGAUGGCAUUAUAAAAAUAUUUAUAGUUUUGUUAGAAAGCUUUUCUAAUGGUACACCUUGGUUAGACUGUUCUUGUGACUUGCAAGGCAUUUCUUACACUAACAUGCUUUCACUUACUAGACUGUUAUUUUUCUUGGUUUCAUUCUCUUCUCUGCAACAGUCACUCAUGUACCUUUAUAUACCUACUUGAGCUGGAAAGAAAUACAAUGGGCUUUGAAAUUGCAGCCCCAAAUGGGACAAAGCCAUUCACUUCUGCUCUUGAAUGGACCAGGUAGUGGCUGUGCAGUUAAAUAAACAAUGAAGGGGGAGGGAGUGAUGGUGGUUACUUGAAACAAAUUGAAGAUGAUUUUAAAGUAGGGGUGAUGAGUCUUUUUGGGGAAGGGUGAAUGUCUUGGCUUCUCUAGUGACUGAGAAAUAGCUCUCCUUUGCUCCUAUUCACUCAUUACUAUUUUUAUACAAAUUAUUGUAAGUUUAAGACAUGGGCUGUUGUGCAGCACCUGCAAUUUGUUUUUGUAGCUUUGUUUGCAUUUGUCUCCAAAUCACUUCUGAAUGUAAUGGCAAACAGGGCAUGAACAAUGGAAGACAUGGAUGGUUUUAUAAUCCUCAAGGCAGUGAUUUAUCAUGGAAUUUCAAAACUGCUGAUAGGCAAUAAUACAGCUACUGCAGUGAAAAUCCUUUGUAAAUUAAGAGAAUGGGGUACAAGGCUGGCAUGUGUUUAGGCUAUAAACUAAAGUACACUUAUUUAGCACAAUAUUGCCUGAUUUCCUUUGCUCUGGCUCCUGCUGUGUUUCUGCACUGUGCAGGUCAGUAAGUGACAGCUGACUGGGCUGAAAUCUGGUACUGAUGCAGGGGGGGACUCAGGGUCCCACAGGUUUGUCUGUGACAGCUCAGAUUCAGCCAAAGGGUGCAGGCAAAGUCACAGCACAACAGAGCUUCAGAUGAGUCCACCCCAACAAAAAAAAUCUGCUCUUGAUCUGUUGUUCAUCUGAAAUACUGCAAGUACAGUAGUUCUGAACAGGACUGUCAAAGUACCUGUUGCUUUAAAGAAUGUAUUAAAGGCAGUAGAAUUGACAGUGGAUGCUAGUCUGCUAAAGGGUCUGUUAAUUGUAAGCCAAUUUUAUUUCCUGUGUUGCUAAAAUAAAUUUCUUAUUUUGUUCCCCCAGCUGACUGUUCCAAGGGCAAACAGCCAAACACUAAACAGAAAUGUAAUUUAAAUUAUUCCUAGGUUUGUUUAAUCUUGGAGCCUGAUGCCUGAAGACACCUAAGUGGUGUUUUCUUCAUGUUGUUUAUUUAGGACUGUUUCUAGUCUUUUACCUUUAUCAGAAAUGGCCACGAGAGGGUAAUAGCUCAUUUAAAUGACUCUGUACCAUAAACACCUUUUAGAAAUCUAAGAGCAGGGAAUGUCAAAACUCAGGCUAGAUUUCAAAUGUCACCAUAAUAAAUGGCUUAAACUUA